AUGUAUUCCAAGUCUAUUGCCGCUCUCUAUGCGCUCGUCCUUGCCGGUGCUGCUGCAGCCCAGUCCACGAUGACCGUUGCUACCCCUCCUUCGGUCGUUCAGUGCCAGCCUGUUCAGCUCUCUUGGAGCGGAGGAACUGCCCCUUACUUCCCAUCGAUUAUCCCUGGUCAACAGGCUGGUUCCCCUGCCCUCAAGGAGUUCCCUUCGCAGACCGGAACCUCUCUCACCUGGACUGUUGACCUGAUUGCCAGCACCUACAUUACGAUCCAAAUCCGUGACUCGACUGGUCAGCUCCAAUAUUCGUCUGCUGUCUCGAUCCAGAACUCUGCCGACGCGUCUUGCGUGAAUGCCAACAUUUCUGCCUCGGCUUCUGGAGGCUCUACUCCCACUGGCGGUGCUACUUCAGCCGCUCCUACCGCCACUAGUCCCGCUGGUACUACCUCGUCCGGCACUGUCAGGACGGCUACCACGGUUACUGGUACCACAUCGGCUCCUACUUCCACCUCUACCAACAACACCAACUCGGCUUCUAUGGUCACCAAGGGAGCGUUUGGCGUUGCCGGUCUCGCCGGUCUCAUCGGUGCUGCUCUCUUCUAG